AGAGAGAGAGAGAGAGGGGUAUAAUAGGGACAUGUGGAAAACCAGAAUAAGAACUCUCGUCUCUCGCAAACGUUUCGCUCUCCAUCUCUCGAUCCCUCCUUUCACGUCGCUGAUCUGUUGCUAGAUUCGAGCUUCAAAGCCCUAAUUCCUGUUGAACAAUUACCAUCGAUUUCAGCUCAACUUCAGAUUCAACGAGGCAAUUAGCUUCUGGAUUGCUUUAGUGACCAGAUAAUACAAUGUCAGCUUUGUUCAAUUUCCAUUCAUUUUUGACGGUGGUGCUGCUUGUGAUAUGCACUUGCACGUAUCUGAAGAUGCAGUUCCCUGCCAUUUUGGAGCAGAAAACUGGGUUUCGAGGAUUCUUUUGGAAGGCUGCGAGAAUAGGUGAGCGUUUGAGCCCUUGGGUCUCCGUGGGAUGCUUCAUGAUGGGUGUGUCGAUCAUUUUCUUUUGAUUGUCAACUUUACACAGAACCAAUUCAUGUAGAUUUUACUUUCUUUGAGAUGCUUAGUUUUCUGUAUGCAACAAAAUCCUAUUUGGAUUAUGAAACUGAAACUGAAAGAGUAGAAUAUUCUAUUUGGAUUAUAUAUGGGCUUGGUCUUGUGUUGUUGUGAUGUGGAGACAUUGAAGCCAUCAAACCAUACACACAUCUUUGUUACAAAAGUAGAAAGAAUGAUUACA